AUGGGGACUAGCAAAUCUGUAGUGGGUGGUGAGACAGCAGUUUCUGCUAAUGAGAUGUGGUACAGAAAACUUACAAUGGAAUACCCAUCCAGUCUGCAAACACUGCCUGAGUUGACAUGCUUGGGUCUGCAAGGUCUGAAUCAAAAAGUCAGUCAACAUGUUGAUCAAGUCUGUAAUUCCAUGGACAAGAACAAGGAUGGAUUUAUUGACUUAGAGUUUAUUGCUGCUGUAAAUCCAGUAGUACAAGAAAAUGAAGCAAAAAUUAAGUGGCAUUUUGAGCAAUAUGAUGUAGCUGGAAAUGGUUCUUAUAAUCCAAAUGACAAGUCGACAGAGGGCCCCUCCUCCACCCCCCACCGCCCAGUGUUGAAAAGUUUGUCUUGUGGGCUGAGGGUGGUGGAAAACACAGCAGCUGAAUUGACUUUAGAAGGAUUUAUCAAUGGCACGGAAAAAGAUCAGGGCCUUCUGGAAAUUGUUUUCAAGAGCUUCAACUUUUCCAAUGUACUGAAAGUAAUCUAUGGUGGGAAAUAGCCAGACUGGAGAAAGCCUUCUUCUAAACCAACUGACAAGAAUGGUGUAGGGACAGUGAAAGUUGAGAAGCUGUGGAAUGGAUGCAAAGCAAAGCACUCAGCUUUUGGUGGAUUGAAAACUCUCAGUGGAGAAGAAAUGUGA